AUGCGGGCAUGGCAGCAGCUCGGGCAAGCAGGCGCGCGCGUGGAUGCAAGCGAAUCUGACGCGGGCGAAGACGGGCAGCGACGGCGUGGACGCUUGGCCACGGCGAAGACAUGGGCGGACCCGGGCCGCCGGCGGUGCGGCCGAGCGUGGCGCCCAGGAGGCAGUCGGGUGGCUCUAGAGCGGUGGCCCUCAUGCCAGCUGCCGAGGUCGCGCCCGCGGCAGCCCUGGUGCCCAUGGCCGAGGUCACUUCCGCCUGCGGCGCGGCGCCCGCGGACGACUGCUCCUCCGGCCGUGGCUACUUCUCGAUCGUCGUCCGAGGUCGAAUACUCCCUACGCCGCCUCCGCCCCAUCCGCACCUCUGGUGGCGUCGGGCCAGCCUCGGUGGCUCCAGCGGAGAAGCAGCAGCCGGCCCCGCCUGGCACGGCGAGGAGGGCACGGAAGCCGUCCGCCGCCCCCGCCAGUGGCGACUGCCGCAGCUGCAGGCCGGCCUCUCCCGGCGCGCGGCUCGCCAGCCUGCUCAACGCCAUCUUCUCCGGCAAGCAGCUCGAGGAGGGCAGCGACGACGGCGAGGAGAGCAGCGACGCGAGUUCCGACUUAUUCGAGUUGGAGAACCUCGCAGCGCUGGCUCCAGCGAACAGCAGCUCCGGUUGCCGUAGAACGUGCGAGGACAAGCUUCCGGUGUACGGGACGACUGGAGCUGGGCUUGCGCACGACAUUGGAUUUGUCCGUCGCCGCCCGUUUGGGUACGUCAGCCAUGGUCGGAGUUGCUGA